UUGGUCUACUAUGGAAAGAUCAAUCCUGCUGUAGCCACACACAGAACUAAGAGACUGAGUCUGGUCUCUAACUGUUCUCUCCACAUUACUGAUGUCACCACUGAGGAUGCUGGACGCUACACCUGUCGGCAGAACCUGACAGAGGAUGGACCCCAACAUGGAGAUAAUGCUGAUGUCUAUCUGUCUGUUCUUCAGGUCUCUGCUUCCCCCAGUGAGACUGAGAUGGAGGCAGACAGUCAUGUGACUCUCCACUGCCUCCUGCACACACAUGACAACUGUACAUGGUCAGUGAAAGAUAAAGGAGUUAGUCUGAGCUGGGUGGAUGAGACAGGGAAAGAUCUCCAGAUCAGAACCACGCCUCCCUGUUCCAUCACACUGACUGAGGAGCUCAGAGGCCCAAACCCUGUUCAUACUCGGACAUGCCAGCUGACUGCAGGAGGGCAGGUUCAGACUUCUGUCUCCCACACCAUCAGAGUGAAAGGUGUCAAAUCCACAACUUCCUCUUCCUCUGUAUUGGAAUCCUCUCCCCGAAUGAAAACUGUCACCACUGCUUCCUCAAACUCAACCUCAGGCCCAUCAGAGAUUGCCAUCAGACUCCCCAUCUUCUUCAUAGUGCUGAUUCUGCCUGGACUCAUUGCAACUGUUCAUUUAGUGAGAAGGAGGAAGCAGACGUGUAGAGAGGAUCCCCCAGCCAUUGAACUACAGGAACUGAAUUAACAUGGAGAACCAAGAAUGGUCUACAUGACU